AUCUCUGCACUGUCAGACAGACAGUCUGACGACGAGCUGCCUCACAGUUUGGUGUGUGUGUGUGUGUGUGUGGACAGAGAUGUCAGGGCAGCGUGUGUGUGUGUCCGACUUUGAGGAGGAAGCCAGAAAAGUUCUUCCUAAAGCUGUGUAUGACUACUACCGCUCAGGAGCAGAUGAGCAAAACACGCUGGCUGACAAUGUUGCUGCCUUCAACAGGUGGUGUCUUGUCCCUCGGGUGCUGAGGGAUGUGUCCACAGUGGAUCUGUCUGUCUCAGUCCUGGGUCAGAGGCUCAGCAUGCCUCUCUGUGUUGCAGCCACAGCAAUGCAGAGGAUGGCUCAUCCUGAGGGAGAGACAGCGACAGCAAGAGCAUGCCAAGCAGUAGGAACAGGGAUGAUGCUGAGCUCCUGGGCCACCUCUACUAUAGAGGAAGUGAUGUCAGCGAUGACAUCAUCCGUGGGCAGUGAGGGCGUCCUGUGGCUGCAGCUGUACAUCUAUAAGGACCGAGAGCUCACACUGUCACUGGUGCGCCGUGCAGAGGAGGCGGGCUAUAAGGCUAUCUUUGUUACUGUGGAUACGCCAUACCUGGGGAGGAGAUGGGACGACAUGCGCAACCGCUUUAAACUGCCCACACACCUGAGCAUGUCUAACUUCUCCACAGUCUCCCUGGCUUUCUCUGAGGGAGACUAUGGCAACGACAGUGGUCUGGCUGUUUAUGUGGCCAAAGCCAUCGACCCCACUCUCUGCUGGGACGACAUCAUGUGGCUGAAACAACACACACGUCUACCUGUGAUUGUGAAAGGAAUACUGAAUGGUGACGAUGCUGCUCAGGCUGUUAACCAUGGUGUCAGUGGCAUCCUGGUGUCCAAUCACGGAGCUCGACAACUGGAUGGGGUUCCUGCCACGCUGGACGUGUUGGAGGAGGUGGUGGGGGCUGUGCAGGGUCGCUGUGAUGUCUACAUGGAUGGAGGCAUAAGGCGCGGGACAGACGUCCUGAAGGCCUUAGCUCUGGGAGCAAAGGCUGUUUUUAUUGGUCGACCGGUGCUGUGGGGCCUCGCCUGUCAGGGAGAACAGGGAGUUACUGAGCUCCUGGAACUUCUAAAAGAGGAGUUGCGACUGGCUAUGGCACUGUCAGGUUGUCGCUCUGUAUCCGAGGUGAGCAGGUCCCUGGUCAGGAGAGUGGAGUUCAACUCCAGGAUGUAAGGGGAGGAAUCUGUGGCUGAUCGCUCGACAUUGAUUUUUAUGAUCAUGGUUUUUACUGAAUGUGUAAACUGUUGUUUAAAGUCUUAUGUCUUUGUAACUUUGUCAAGUCUGAGAAAAUGACUCAGGUGACUGUGACUGUAAACUAAGGAUGUCAUGUUCUAUUGAGGAAAUGUAGGAUGCAGUAGUCAGGAUAUCUCAGCCUGUGCUGCAUCACUUUUCUUUUUUAAUCCCUCUCUUGGUCCCUGUGCUUUAUGGAAAGUGCAGUUGUAAAUUGUUGGAGUAGUCCUUUAAGUCCCAUAUAUCAUAACGUAAUAGUUUUCAUACUCUGACCUUUCUCUACAGUCCUGCAGUUUCUUCAUGUAGAAGUCCAAUGCCUCACAAUAACCUUCACAUUCUUCUGCACCUGUCCUCUUUCAAGAAACAGUUGUUCCUCAUUAAAAUUAUUGCUCUCA